CCCACCUGAUGAUGUGACACACAAGAAAAGUAGAUGUUUAUACGCUGAAAAACCAGUAGUAAACGAGUUAGAAGCGUGCGCAGGAUGGCACCGAUCUUAGCAGAAAACAGCAAACCCAACUUGCCCGAUGGCGACAAUUAUGUUAACAAUGGCUUUGUGAAUAUUAAAAACCCCCACUUGGACUUGCUCUCUGAAGACAUCCUCUACCAUUUUGACUUGGGAACUAAAACGCACGACCUGCCCUUGAUGUUUGGCGAUGUUAAGUUUGUGUGUGUUGGCGGAAGCGCUAACAGAAUGAGAGACUUUGCAGUUUUCAUUCACAAGGAGCUGGGCUUGGAAGGAGAUGGUAACAGCAUAACAGACAUCUGCGCUGGAACAGACAGAUACAGCAUGUACAAAGUGGGGCCAGUGCUUUCAAUUAGUCAUGGGAUGGGAGUCCCAUCCAUUUCCAUAAUGCUCCAUGAACUCAUCAAACUUCUCCACCACGCAAAGUGCCGGGACGUCACCAUUAUACGCAUCGGAACUUCGGGAGGGAUAGGCAUCGAGCCGGGCACUGUCGUCAUUACAGACACAGCCGUGGAUGCCUUUUUUAGACCUCAGUUUGAUCAAGUGAUUUUGGAUAAAGUGGUCGUGAGAAACACCGAGCUCCACCGGGAACUGGCAGAAAACCUACUGCAAUGCAGCACCGAGAUCCCUGACUUUCCUUCGAUUAUCGGUCACACGAUGUGCACGUACGACUUUUAUGAAGGUCAGGGAAGAUUGGAUGGCGCUCUCUGUUCAUUUUCUAAAGAAGAAAAGUUAGAAUAUCUGCGCAAGGCAUACGCUGCAGGCGUUCGGAACAUAGAAAUGGAGUCAACCGUAUUUGCUGCUAUGUGCCAUCUCUGUGGACUUAAAGCGGCGGUGGUGUGUGUGACCCUCCUCAACAGACUAGAAGGUGAUCAGAUCAGCCAAAGUCACAACGUUCUCAAGGAAUUCCAGACACGUCCCCAGCAGCUGAUUGCCAAGUUCAUCAAGAAGCAGCUUGGCUUGUGCACAUAGCUAGGUGGCAACAAUACACACGUCUCCCAUACAUCACAGCUAUGUACAGUGUAUGUGAAAUAUAUAUAUAUGUUUGUAUAGUGAGUAGCAAUUUUAUUUGCACAUCAUGAUUAUUUUUUUAUUUUGUGAACGGAUUGACAGGAUCCCCAGCGGGGCUGCCAAUCUAUGUAAAGUACA